UUCGCAGACACAAUAAUGUCAAAAGUCGAGUGACAAACAUAAUUUCUCUCAUCUUUUAUUAAUUUGGAUAAUUUUUUUAGACUAACUGAACGUUAAUAAAUUUCAAAAUGAGUACUUGUAACGUAAGAGAACCACAACACACAGUUUCAGGAGACUGGACAUCAAGAUCAACAAAAUCUUUAGCAACAACCCGGUCUUCAUCACCCAGCAGAGGAGAAGCAAUAUUUCACAAGUAUAUGGAGCUUAUACACUCCAAGUCUAAUCUUUCUGUGGAAGCUAAUAAAGCAGAGCCUAACGAUCGUCCAUUUGAUUUUUUCGACGAUGAGGAAUUUGCUUUUGGAAUCAAUUUACUUAACAAUAAUGUUGCUUGUGUCGGUGACAACAUUACUAAACUCAUCCAAAUGGCUCAAGAACCAUGGCCGGACAACGUGAAACUGUUUCAGCCUUACGAAGUGGAGCAGAUACUGCUGCCAGACAACGCCAGCUGUCUCGCUGUACAGGCCUUCUUAAAGAUGUGCAACCUACCGUUUGAAGUGGAGAUGAGAUGGAAUGCAGAGUUCAUGUCACCUUCGGGGCGGGUCCCCUUCAUCAAAUGUGGUGCGUUCGUGGUGUCGGAGUUGGAGCCCAUCGUCCAGUUUGCUGCGAACAAGGGAGUGUCACUGUGUGGGAAACUAAGCACCGAAGAGAAGGCGGAAAUGAGAGCCUACAUGAGUUUAAUCACCAAUGUACUUGUUAAUGCUGAGCUCUACAUAUCGUGGGUGGACAACGAGACCUUCAACGCAGUGACCAAGGUGAGGAACUCCUCAGUGUACCCCUGGCCGCUGGGGUGGUUGCAGACCCGGGCCAAGAGGAACGCCGUCAUCAAGCGGCUGAAGGCACUGCACUGGUAUGACAAGACCAUCGACCAGGUUCUCGCCGAUGUAGAACAAUGCUGCAACUCUUUGAGUCAGCGGCUGGGUGACAAGGAUUACUUCUUCGGGAGUUCCCCAACCCCCCUAGACGCCUUAAUAUUCGGACAUAUGAGGGCGAUCCUAAUGUCGUCCGGAGCUAGGGCAGGCGCCCUAAUCAAGCGUAUCACCAGCCCCUUACUAAGGCACUUGUUGAGGUGUAUCAAUGUGACCCAUAUGUCGCUGACGACCCAAGAAGAGUACCUAAUAACCCAAGCCUUCCAAAUAAUUCCUCGCCGGCGACUCUCCCCCGAACGCACCGCGUCUGAACGAAGCACGAGAAUCAAACGCUCCCGUAUGAGCAUCAGGAAUACAAGCAAAGAUACCAUUAAUUCCAAUAGCAAUAAGGACGUUUUUGGCUUCAAACCAUUUGCGUCUAAACAAAUAAUAAUAAUGACAUCAAAAGAAAACGAGUCCUCAACGAAAAUCGAUACCGCCGCCGUCGUCGAUCCCGAAGUAACCAAAUCGAUUAACGAAAUAAUCGACGACGUACUCGAUAAAGUUGACAAGGUUGUAAUCGAUGAUAUUCCAGAGAAAAUCGAUUUGGAUAACGAGAAAAAUGACGCUUUCGAAAUCAUCGCUUAUCCGAAAACGAUGACUGAAUCGAAAAUCGAUUCUGUCGAUGCGAAAGUGAACGAUUAUUUGGAUACGAUUGAAGAAAACGAUUUGACUGAUACGACUAACUCGUUAGAAAUGACUUUGGACGAAGGAAUGCACAUCGUCAAUGACGAUGACUAUGCUCACAUUGAUGAUCCAGUGGAUGUGAAGUCUUUAACUGAUGAUUCCGUUUCGCGGAAGAUUGCAGUCGGUGAUGGCAUUAACAGUGGCAGUUAUGUGAUUCCCACUGAAAUUGGUGAUUUUAACUGUAGCGACAAAGAGUCUACCGGGGAUUCCUCGGAUAAAUCCCCAUUCGCGCGUACCCCUUCUUCUACAGAUUCUAAAAUGACGCUUAAACUGCCAAGCAACGAGGAAAUAAGUGUUGAGAGUCUACUGAAUUAUCUGCGCCAGAGAAACGCGGUUUACAAGUAUAAUACAGUGGCCGAUAUCGAUUAGACACUACGACAACACACUACGCCGAUUCGGGUUGAACGAAACGACUUACCCGAAAUUGCGUAUUACUAUUUUGUGAUGAAGAAUAAUUUCUGCUUUAGUAUUUAUAAUAUUUUAAAGGAUAAAUUAUUAUAUGUUUUUAUAGUAAUAUUUCACAGUAAUUUUAAACAUGUAAAAAUAUUUAUAUUUUUUAUUGGGGCGAUUCAGAGUAUUUUCAAUUGAAACCAAUGGCCUCGGUAAAACGGUCGAUUUUCCUAUUGAAUCACACCUGUUAUAGUGAUAUAGUUAUAUAUAAAUGACAAUUUAGUGGUAAUUUUCAAUAAAUGAAUACGAGGCCCUAGUUUCGAUUUUUGAUAGGGAAAUUUUCGAAAUUUUGAGUAAAAUUUGCAAUUGUACGUUAGAAAUACAAGUUUGUAAUACAAAA